CCUCCCCUUUUUAAAUUCUCCGCCUUCAUCAUCUUCGCUCUCCACCCACUGUACUCCUCUCUCUCUCUCUCUCUCUCUCUACCAUUCUCUCACUCUCUCUCUCUCUAAAAAUGGCGACUGAAGAGACCGGCAACAACCCUCCGCCGCCGACCGCCGCCGCCGCCGCCGCCGCCGCCGCCGCAGCCGCUCCUAGUUCCGUGCUCCCGCAGUAUCCCGAAAUGAUCAUGGCGGCGAUCGAGGCGCUCAACGACCCCAGCGGCUCCAACAAGUCGGCCAUCGCCAGGCAAAUCGAGUCCACCUACGGCGAUCUGCCCCCGGCCCACUCCACGCUGCUGGCGCACCACCUCAACAAGAUGAAGCAGAGCGGCGAGCUCGUGCUGGUCAAGAACAACUACAUGAAGCGCGACCCCAACGCGCCCCCGAAGCGCGGCCGCGGCCGCCCCCCGAAGCCCAAGGAGCCCCUCCCGCCGGGAACCGUGGUCUCCCCGCCGAGGCCCCGCGGCCGGCCACCGAAGCCGAAGGACCCCAACGUGCCGCCUCCUCCGCCGAAGCGGAAGGCCUCGGCGGUCGUGAGCGGGAAGAAGCGGGGCCGCCCCCCGAAGGACAAGCCGGCUGCUGCGGCGUCGGCUCCGGCACCGGCGGCGGCCGGAGGAGGAGGGGUCAAGAGGGGCAGGGGGAGGCCGCCGAAGGUGAAGCCGGCUGUCGCGCCGGUCGGGGCGUGAGCGCGAGCCGAGCCGGAGGGGAGGAAAGCAUGAGAAGAUUAGAUUUUUUUUUUAGUUUUUUCUUUGGUCUUUGUUACUUUUGUUAGGUGUAUCACUUUAGUUAGACCCCUGUGAGCUGUGCUGAUAACCUUUGGAUUUUUCACUUUUUUUUUUUUUUUUUUUAAUUUUCUAAUUUAGCUUUAGGCCCUUUAUCUUUUCCGUCUAAUUUGAUUUAAUUUAAUGUGGGUGAGUGUUGUUUAGGUGAGUGAUGAUGAUCUUCUUAGGAGGGAAGUUUCUUUGUGAAUUCUAAUUGGAAUGUACAUUGUAUCAACCCCGGCGAUGGAGGCUUUUUCUAGGGCCCUUUUUCCUUAUCUAAAAUUCUCUCCUUUUCUUUUUGCA